UUUGCACUUAGCUCCUGGGGCAGUGGUGAGUGGUGCGAGCAAGGGUCGGACCCACUGCUAGAGUCUCCCGCCGCUUUCGACACAGAACGUGGGAGCGGGAAGGCCUCGGCGCGGGGGCGGGAGGUUGCCCGGGAUGCGGAAACUCUCGCGGGAAGGUGCGUGGUUGCUUAGGUAACGGCGUCGCAGUUGCCAAAGAUGGCGGGGCGAAGUCUUGGACCCUCGAGAAGCAGCGUUCCACGAACUCCGCUCCCGCCACCCGUUCAGCAACCCUCUGCACCUGGACCGGACCUCCUCGCUUUGGAGGAAGAAUAUAAGCGUUUAAAUGCAGAAUUGCAGGCAAAAACAGCUGACGUGGUUCGACAAGCUAAGGAAAUAAUUAGAGAUCGGCAAGAAGUACGAUCUAGGCCUCUUUCAACACAAAUGAAAUCAUGUGAUGACAAAGAUGAUUAUAGUUUAAGAGGUCCAUUACCAUCUGAAGGGACAGUUGAUCUUCAUUCAGAAACUAAGUCAAAGACCAAAAACAUUGAUCCUGUAAACAAGGUUCAAAACAAAUUACACUCUGCAAAUAAAGGAAGGAAAACAAAUUCAAGUGUUAAAUUGAAAUAUUCUGAUGUACAGACUGCCAACGAUGUUGCCAUUCCAGAGGAUUUUUCAGACUUUUCCCUUGCAGAAACAUUUAGCAAAAUUGAAGGGCAACUGGAGGAAGAAGGCUUACCUGAAUAUAUAGAUGAUAUUUUUUCUGGUGCUAGUAACGACAUUGGAGCAGAAGCACAGCUCAGAUUUCUAAAGGCCAAACUCCAUGUUAUGCAGGAAGAAUUGGAUAAUGUUGCAUGCGAAUGCAAUAAAAAGGAGGAUGAAAUUCAGAAUUUAAAGUUACAAGUAAGAAAUUUUGAAGAUGAUUUUAUGAAACAGCAGCGAACAAUUCAUAUGCAACAGUCUCAAGUCGAAAAAUAUAAGACUCUUUUCGAAGAAGCAAACAAAAAGUGUGAUGGAUUACAGCAACAGUUGUCUUCAGUAGAAAGGGAAUUAGAAGAUAAAAGAAGAUUGCAAAAACAGGCUGCAAGUAGUCAAAGUGCCACAGAGGUUCGCUUGAAUAGAGCUCUAGAAGAAGCAGAAAAGUAUAAACUGGAGUUAAAUAAAUUAAGGCAAAAUAACAAGGACAUAACAAAUGAAGACCACAAAAAAAUUGAAGUGUUAAAAUCAGAAAACAAGAAGCUAGAAAAACAAAAAGGAGAAUUAAUCAUAGGGUUCAAGAAACAGUUAAAAUUAAUUGAUGUUUUAAAAAGGCAGAAGAUGCAUUUUGAAGCUGCCAAGAUGCUGUCUUUCACUGAGGAGGAAUUUAUGAAAGCACUUGAAUGGAAUGGGGAAAUAAAUAAGUGAUCUACUUCAGUGAGUCUCUAUGACAGUAUGUGAUGGAUACCCAUUUUACUUACUGUAAUGGUUUGAAUUAUUUUUAUUCUUUGUAAGAAAUGAAGUUCUGGGAUUAUGAAAUUGAAAUAACUUCAAAGAAUUCUCUGUUUAGAUUUGAGAGAUACAAAACUGAUGCAUUAUUCUGAUAUGUAUUUAUAAGAAAAUUUUUUUAAAACAAAGCAACAAAAAUUUAACUUCUGAUUCGCUAUCUUAUGACCUUUUAUGUUCUUUUGAGUUUGUUUUCUAAGUUCUUACUUAAUGUGACAAUUAGAUAAUAAAAUUCUUCA